AUUAGUCACUGUGUUUAGCUUUGUGCAUAUCGUAACCAAGAGGGUCGUGCUUUUAAAGACAUGCUAACCAAAGCGAAUGCUGAAAAAAGACUAAGAUAAAGACGUAUGUACACAAACAAAAAGUUCUGUUAAAACUUCUUCCCAUUCUUCUAUGUUCUGAGGGCCCACCCACUAUCAAUGCACUGACCAUUCUGGCUCCUAUGUUUUAGACUUGUUACUCAUUUUUAUUUUCCUCUAGACCUCAAUUACAAUUCUUUUUCACGACAUCCGUCACCAUCAUUUUUCUGCAAUGAAAUUAAGUUUAAAAAAAAGACUUUUCACUACUCAGAAUACUCUUCGCGGUUUAGGAUAAUGAAGACAUGCAUGGUGAAGUAUGCUGACUGAUUGCAUAAACAAAAUUGAAAAAAAAAAUAAAAACUACCACCAUACAAAGUGACAUGGCCAUGCCAUGGUUGAAUGAAUCGUCAAAUCCACAUGUACCGAACUUUGUCAUGAAAAAUGGAGUUCACUCAGAAACACUGAAUAGCUAUCGCGAUGGUAAACAAGGAGGCUGAACCUUCCAACAAUACUGUGCAUUUAAAAGAACAACAAAUAUUUGUACAUGUGUUUCCCAAUCGUGGAUUAAAAUGAAAUUACGGAUGCUCUAAAAUCACUUUGAUAAAUGCAUUCUAACUCUCGUGUAUAUUUUGCUGCUGGUAUGGCUGCUUCCAUUCACAACCGCUCCGCUCCCCCAUACUCGAGAUGCUUAACUGUGUUCAGUGAAAAAACAACUGUUAAGCAGCUUGCGUCAUGCGUGACGGCUGAACUCAGGUAAAAAGGUUGAAUUUUAUCGGGGGCGACCAUUUUAUAGAUCAAUAAAGAGCCACGGGUAUGGUGUAGGACUGUCUGUAGGCCCAAUGUUUAAGGCUGACAUGUUUUUUAGAAAAUUUGAAGCUCAAUCUUUUUGGUAAUAGUUGAACCCACCAGGUAUUUUCUCAAAAUACCGGCACCCGGUUCAAAAGCUGGUACCCAGUUCAGCCCUCAUUAAAAUAAUUGCUAGACCACAAAUGCCAGCAGCGACCUCGGGAAGACUGUUUGAAUAAUUUGAACAUUUGAGCUUUUAACAAUAAACAAUCUUUAAUAUUGGGUCAGGAAAAAAAAAGAGUGCUGUCAAUUUUUAAGUUGAGGCCACGCCUUAUUUUUUUUUUAAAAACUAAAAUAUUUGACGCCCCAAGAGGUUUCUCUUUCACUAAUAACUGUGCUCAAGAAAUCCUUUAAGGGGCAAAGAACUGCAUAUACUAAAAUGCCUGUCUUUUCCUCAGGUUGUCCCUCUUGGCGUUUUUUUAGUCGACCAACGGGAAAUCUAAGUAUCUGAAGAUUACACUUGGAUGCUCAUAAUUCUUGAGUUUAGAAUCCCAGCUCUUUGGGACGGAUUACUUCAUCGAUUGGGGUAACAUACAACUACUACACAUUUCUGGUGAAUUCAACUCCAGCCUUUCAUUGUUAUUUUCAAAAGACGUGAUCCUCUGGAGAAAAAAAAACUAAAUGUUAUCUUUGUUUUAAGCGCUGGUUUGAGUUAAGGCAAAUAGUUUCAUCUACAGCGCAAGAACAAUUAUAUCAGAUUCAACUACUAUUUCAAUUAAUUGACUACAGUAGAACCUGGUUAUGUCGAGGUCCUCGGAAGUUUGCAAAAAAAAAAGCAUCGAGAUAACCGAAGAUCGAGAUAAACGAAAAAUAAUAAGGCGGCAUUAUAUUAACAUGCGCUUGAAAUUUCGUUAUGUAAACGAGUUCCGUUUCUAAAUGAUAUGUACAUGAACGUGUUUGGGGAUUUUGUUUUACACAACCUCGAUGACGCGAUUUGUUGGAUGAAGAGAUCGGCAUCCUAUAAAAAUGUAGAUACAUGUUUGCUAAAAUAUGUGGGGAAAGGGAACAUUUUUCUGGAUUAUUCCAGAUUCGUGAGGCUAAAUAUUUUUCAGCCCCGUAUUUACGAGUUUUUAUUUUCUUUCCCUCCGGAUUAGCCAGUUCUCUUUAUUCAAGUACGGCUUCUGGGUUUUUAAAAUAAAUAAACGUGUAAGAACACGUGAAAACCUAAUUAUAAGUAUUAAGAGACAAGCGGGUUCACCAUGAACAGAACAGGUACUGCGACUUCUCUCUUUUGUUUGCAAGCCUCUCGCUCCUCGCUUCUUGCUGAGUCAAGUUAAUUGCGUGGACAACGAUAUUGUCAAUCCAUUUCACUUACUACGGUUUGAAGCAGGCACGUUUCUGUUGUAUAUAAUAUUCAAAAGGCGGAGAUUGGUCGAGAUAACCGAGGUUAAGUCGCAAAUUCCGCCGUGUUUUUUGCUCGAGAUUUCAGAGUUCGGCGACAUAAAGGAAUCAACAUAACCAAAAGAGACACUGUGGCGGUUCCACUUCAAAAACGUCGACAUAACAGGAUUGGCGAGUUAACCGAGGUCGAGAUAGGUGGGUUUGACUGUAGUUUAAAAUUUAUUUUUUGUCAAUCGUUAAAUGCAGUUUUGAUUUUCCAAGCUUCGCGUCUUUGUCUUUCAGAGACGUCUAAGGAGAAAAUCCAACUAAGUUGUAACGGUAACAACCAAUUUGUACCGCAGUCAACUCUAUUUGAUGGUGAUGGCUUGUUAAAUGUGACAGAUGAAAAUUUACGGGGCCCAUUUCAUUUUGAGUAUACUUCUUGGGGAUGUGUUUCUGGUCGAAUCUCCAGAACCCAUUAAUCUGGAAAGUUUCAGUAAGUUGCUGCAGAAAAAUGCGUCGACAUAGGAUUAUUUGCUAUAAUAAUUUAAUAAUCGUUUUGUUUGUAGCCUGAACUGUAGUUUAAUGAGAGUAAGGAGGGAGAGACUGCAAUUGGGAGAGGUAGAAGAAAAUAGAUGAAACAAAAUAUGUGAAACGAGAUAUGGGUAAAUCUGAAAAAAAGGACGCGACAGAACACUGGACGUGUCGGCAAGAAGCCUUCUUUAACGAAUAAACAACGAUUAAAAAAAGAUGUAUUAAAAUUAAAUUAAAAAAAAAACACGGGCUGAAAUGGUGUAUCCAAAAGGACAAAAAGUAGGAAUGUAGGGCGCCAUAUUUUGAUGUCAGCAUGUGUGUGAGUGUGAGUGUGUGUGUGUGUAUAGCUUUCACGAUAACACGCUUAUGUUGGGGGGCGCCAUUACGAGCGACAAGCGCCCGCAUAUUUAAUUACAAAGUAGUAUCAGUCGGAGCCAAGAACUUUACCAUUUGCACAAAGACCCACCCAUAGUCAAAAUGAUAAAAAAGGCAGACUACGCUGGGCAGGGCAUGUUGAAAGGAUGCCGGAAUAUAGAGCAGCAACAUUUAUUUUAAAAAAAGGCAGAAGCCUAGGGGCAGACGACUCACUGGUCGCCCAAGUCUGAGAUGGAUUGAUGAUGUGGAGAUGGAUAUGCACCCUUUGGGGGUUCGCGCAUGGAGACGGAAAGCCAUGGAUCGCUCCGAAUGGAAGGAUGUGGUGGAGUAGGCCCGGGCCCUACAUGGGCUGUAGCGCCACUGAUGAUGAUGAUCAGUCCUCUGAAUGUCCUCAUGUGGUCUAGUCUCAUCUGAGUGGCAUGUCAAUAUAUAUCGCUGUUUGAUUCUGUUCCCACUGUACUGUCAUGAUACUUUCGACUUGUUGUCGACAAAUGAAUUUAAAUCAUUAAAAAAUGACCGGUCAAUCCUCUCACAAGUCUUAUCAGAUUUGCCGUUUUGGUAGUUCAGAUGGAGUUGGUAGCCAAUGUACAAUCCGGGGUCAUUAGGGAGUAAUCUCAGACCCUCACCAGAAUAUGUGUGUUAGUUAGUAGUUCACAGUGUAAAUACAUAGUUUCUCUGCCUAUCAACGUUAUUAACAAAAUUCUCCUCAGACAUAUAUGACUUGAACAGGAUGUGCGCUCAAGUUGCAACUGUGAAAAAUUACAUGGACAUCCAAAUCGACAACUUGAAAGGAUCGCGAGCGUGCAGCGUGACCCUGGAAGCCGACGAGAAGAAGAGCACGCUGAAGGCGUACUUCAAGAAAUACAAGGCUGGGAACGCAUGUUCGGGUGCCGUCAAUCUUUACGACUCCAGGAACUUUGCACAAUUAGGUGAACUUGUAUUAGCUUAAUGAUUUAUUUACAUGUGAUAAUUUUGAUGGAUCGUAGGAUAUUUCCUGAACAUCUUCUUCCCCUCUAGGCUAAACCGCCUUUGAACGCAUUGCCAAGAUCGGAGGUGGUCAUAGAUGAGGAGUUGGAGUUGUAGCACACAUCCGCUUUUUCAACGUAAUGUCAUUUUUACCCUCUUUUACCCCGCCACCUGAUUAAAAAAAACCCCACCAUUUUACCAAAUUAUUUUACCUACCACACAACUCCAUUAUACAACAUCGACCACACUGUUCCACGCGGCCGAUAUUUUUAUUUUUUCAUUAAAUUCCCCAAGCAAUUUUAAUUACGUUGUGGGCUUGUUGUUUUUUUUUAAAUGUCGGAUCUCAUCAUCAUCAUGUCUUUUAUUGUCCUGCUCAUCUCCGUGACAUUCUUUCUUUGGUCAAACAACUGUAAUCUUCUAAUCUUCUAGGAUUUCUGAAUAAUCCAAAGUCAAGUGUUGGGAUUCCGUUUAAGUUUAUGUUCCCAAGUGCAAUUAACUCAUUGGUCGAGUCUACUAAUCAAUAGAUUUCCUAUCAUCUUUUUUAUUAAAAAAAGGCAACGAAGGCUACUGCAAGAGUGAGGCACCAAAGGGGCACUAUGAGUUGGGCACAGCGGGCAUCUUGAGCGUUGCAAAAGGGGACAGCGGCAUCGAUGCCAUCGUAAGAGUGGUUGAGUACUACAUAAAGGAUAAGGGUAAAUAACGUAUUCGUCACCCAAAAAUCGUCAUUGUGACGUAAUAAUGACAUUGUCACCAAAUAACAUGAUUUGAAUGAAAUAAAUAACGUCAUUGUGUCCUAAUAACGUAAUCGUCACUAAAUAACGUCAUUAUCAAUGAAGAACGUUAAUUUCACAAAAUAACGUCUUUGUCUCCAAAAAAUUUCUUUGUCUCCAAAUAACAUCAAUGUCACUAAACAACGUCAUUGUCACCAAAUAACUUCUGCGUGUCCAAAUAACGUCUUCGUCUCCAAAUUAACAUCUUUGUCUCCAAGUAUCAUUUAUAUCAGCAAAUAACGUCAAUGUCUAAAAUAACUUCUUUGUCUCCAAAUAACCUCAUUCUUUCCAAAUAACGUCAUUGUCUCCAAAUAACGUCAUUGUCACCAAAAAGCAUCUUUGUAUCCAAAUAACAUUAUUGUCAACAAAUAACGUCGUUGUCACCGAAUAACAUCUUUGUCUCCAAAUAACUUCAAUGUCACCAAAUAACGUCAUUGUCACCAAAUAACGUCAUUGUCACCAAAUAACGUCAUUGUCUCCAAAUAACGUCAUUAUCACCAAAUAACGUCAUUAUCACCAAAUAACGUCAUUGUCACCAAAUAACGUCAUUGUCUCCAAAUAACGUCAUUGUCACCAAAUAACGUCAUUAUCACCAAAUAACUUCAAUGUCACCAAAUAACGUCAUUGUCACCAAAUAACGUCAUUAUCACCAAAUAACGUCAUUAUCACCAAAUAACGUCAUUGUCACCAAAUAACGUCAUUGUCACCAAAUAACGUCAUUAUCACCAAAUAACGUCAUUGUCACCAAAUAACGUCAUUGUCUCCAAAUAACGUCAUUGUCACCAAAUAACGUCAUUAUCACCAAAUAACUUCAAUGUCACCAAAUAACGUCAUUGUCACCAAAUAACGUCAUUGUCACCAAAUAACGCCAUUGUCACCAAAUAACGUCAUUGUCACCAAAUAACGUCAUUGUCACCAAAUAACGUCAUUAUCACCAAAUAACGUCAUUGUCACCAAAUAACGUCAUUGUCACCAAAUAACGUCAUUGUCACCAAAUAACGUCAUUGUCACCAAAUAACGUCAUUGUCACCAAAUAACGUCAUUGUCACCAAAUAACGUCAUUGUCACCAAAUAACGUCAUUGUCACCAAAUAACGUCAUUAUCACCAAAUAACGUCAUUGUCACCAAAUAACGUCAUUGUCACCAAAUAACAUCUUUGUCUCCAAAUAACGUCAAUGUCACCAAAUAACGUCAUUAUCACCAAAUAACGUCAUUGUCACCAACUAACGUCAUUGUCACCAAAUAACGCCAUUGUCACCAAAUAACGUCAUUAUCACCAAAUAACGUCAUUGUCACCAAAUAACGUCAUUGUCACCAAAAAACUUCUUUGUAUCCAAAUAACAUUAUUGUUACCAAAUAACGUCGUUGUCACCGAAUAACUUCUUUGUCUCCAAACAACGUCAUUGUCACCAAAUAACAUCUUUGUCUCCAAAUAACGUCAAUGUCACCAAACAAUGUCAUUGUCACCAAAUAACAUCUUUGUCUCCAAAUAACAUCAAUGUCACCAAAUAACGUCAUUGUCACCAAAUAACAUCUUUGUCUCCAAAUAACGUCAAUGUCACCAAACAAUGUCAUUGUCUCCAAAUAACAUCAAUGUCACCAAAUAACGUCAUUGUCACCAAAUAACACAAAUGUGACGAAAUAACAUUAUUGUCACUAAAUAACGUAAUUGUUUCUGAAUAACGUCCUUGUAUCCAAAUAAUGUCUUAGUCUCAAAAUAACCUCAAUAUCACCAAAUAACGUCAAUGUCACAAAAUAACUUAUUAGUCUCCAAAUAACCUCAUUUUUUCCAAAUAACGUCUUUGUCUCCAAAUAAAGUCAUUGUCACCAAAUAACAUAAAUGUCACCAAAUAACAUUAUUGUCACCAACUAAAGUCAUUGUCACUGAAUAACUUCUUUGUCUCCAAAUAACAUCUUUGUCUCCAAAUAACAUCAAUAUCACCAAAUAAUGUGAAUCAUCAAAUAACUUCUUUGUCUCCAAAUAACUUCAUUUUUUCCAAAUAACGUUUUUGUCUCCAAAUAACGUCAUUGUCAACAAAUAACAUCUUUGUAUCCAAAUAACAUUAUUGUCAACAAAUAACGUCGUUGUCACCGAAUAACUUCUUAGUCUCCAAAUAACGUCAUUGUCACCAAAUAACUUCUAUGUCUCCUAAUAACGUCAUUGACAUCAAAUAACUUCUUUAUCUCAAAUUAACGUCAUUGUCACAGAAUAACUUCUUUGUAGACAAAUAACGUGGUUGUCACCGACUAACUUCUUUCUCUCCAAAUAACGUCAUUUUCACCAAAUCACGUCUUUGUUUCCAAUUAACAUCAUUGUCACCAAAUAAAGUCGUUGUCUCCAAAUAACAAAAUUAUCACAAAGUAACGCAUUUGUCUCCAAAUAACGUCAUUGAUUCCAAAUAACAUCUUUGAAUCCGAUAUACGUGGAACAAGCUCAGAAGCGAAGCGUGCCUUAUACCCAGGCUUAGAAGCCACGAGUGCCUUAUACCCGGGCUCAAAAGCAACGAAUGCCUUAAGUCCAUGUUUAGAAGCCACGAGCGCCUUAUGCCUAGGCUUAGAAGCCACGAGUGCCUUAUACCCAGGCUUAGAAGCAACGAGUGCCUUACGCCCAGGCUUAGAAGCCACGAGUGCUUAUGCCGGGGCUUAAAAGUCACGAGUGCCUUAUGCCGAGGCUUAGAAGCAACGAGUGCCUUACGCUCAGGCUUAGAAGCCACGAGUGCUUAUGCCGGGGAUUUAAAGUCACGAGUGCCUUAUGCCCAUGUUUAGAAGCCACGAGUGCCUUAUUCCUAGGCUUAGAAGCCACGAGUGCCUUAAACCCAGGCUUAGAAGCAACGAGUGCCUUACGCCCAGGCUUAGAAGCCACGAGUGCUUAUGCCGGGGCUUAAAAGUCACGAGUGCUUAUGUCCAGGCUUAGAAGUCACGAGUGCCUUAUGCCCAGGCUUAGAAGCCACGAGUGCCUUAUGCCCAAGUCUUGAAGGUGUAAUAUGAUUUUAAAGGGAGAACAUUAAAAGAAACGUAGCUGAAAAUAUCUGACAACAAAAAGUAGAACUGGAAACAAAGAAGAAAUUAGAUUUUUUAAACAUGACUUAUUCAAGACAAUCUCUGUGUAAAAAAUAUGUCUUAUCUGAGGCAAUCAUUGUCUAAAAAAUGUCUUAUCUCAGACAAUCGCUGUGUACUGUCUUCAUUAUAACUCUAUUUUAGUGGCAUUUGAAGAAGUUUAUCAAGUAAUUGUAAGAAACACAGUUCAAUAUCUACACAUUUCCAGAAUACCUGUUUAACAUUAUUGCGUUAGAUUAAAGUACCCAGAAUUCUCGUCCAACCAUCGGAGUGGAUAAACGAUAUGAACCUUGCUUUCACUCUGAGGGCACCUUGCAAUGAUCUUAACUUUUCUCUCGUCCAGAGUGCCCUGAAGGGAAAUUCGACUGCCAAGAAAAGAACCUCUGCAUCGCCAAAAGCAUCGCCUGCGAUACAAGUGCAGACUGCCCGAACUCGAAGGACGAGGGCGACCAGUGCAGCCUGCGGCCCCUUUACACGCUGAUCGUGUUGGUCGGCCUAUUGAUCGCCUUCUGCGUGUGCGCCAUGGUCGUGUGGGAGGAGACCAGCCGGAAGAAGCGUGGGAAUCGUCCUUUGCCGCCGCCAGAGCCGCAGACGGUCGAGCCCGGCCGGUUUGACGGCGCGUACUCGGAACACUUUGGAGUGCCGAGAAAGCAGCCGGAUACAGAGCCGACAGUUUAUGCACCGAUCCGUGGCGGCAGCCCUGCUCAAAUUCCCGCCACAACCACGAGUCCAUUAUAGCGCCGGCCUGCUCUCAUGCCAUUGAGUAAUCCAAUUACUGAUACAGCGAUGUAAUGGCUGCUCCCUUAAUUAAGUAACCCAAGUACUGUUACAGUGAUACAAUGGCUACUCUUGCAGUUCAGCAAUCCAAAUCCUUAAACGGGGGUCACGCGAUGGUGACUCUCAUUUAUCCAAUCCGAAUACUGUCACGGCUUAGUCGUCCUGGCUACUGUAAUUAACGAAAAAUCCAAGUACUGAAACAGAUGCUGUCGCAUCCGGAAAAAGUGAUCGAAAGAAAUUUCGUCGACAGUAAAAUUAUCGACCGUAAUUUGAUCGAACGGAAAUUUGGCCGAAUCUUUUUUUUUUUCCUCUUCAGUUUUUACGUUAAAAUUUUGCUUUAAAUUUCUUCUUGGACGCUUUAUUUCGUUUUAUCAUAUAUUAAAGUGCGUUCAAAAAGAAUUUCGACGAGCAUUUUGACGUGUGAUUUGAAAAAAAAAGAGAUUCGAUAAAAAUAUCCGUUCGAAAAAAUUUCCGUCGAUCAAUUUACCGUCGACGAAAUUUCUUUCGAUCAAAAUUACGGUAGCCUGAUGCUGCACAGUCUGCUCUCAAAUUCCUAUCAAAUUUUUCCAACCACAACGGUGUUUGAAUGACAGCCCGAGUUUCAUGCGAUAUGAAAUGCUACUCAAGUAAAUCAACAUGCCCCUUUGAAGACUUGCAACUUUAAACAAAAAUAAUAAUCACCGCAGAGAUUAACCUCAUUCAUCAAUGCUAUAGCUUUAAAGUGCAUAGUGUAUUUGAUCUAAACAACAAAAAUUGUAUAACAAAAGUGAGUAUUUUUUAAAAUAAAAAAUAAUUCAAACAUCCUUUAGAUCAGUGGUUCUCAACCUUCCUAAUGCCGCGACCCUUUAAUAAAGGUCAUCUUGUUGUGGUAAACCCCCCCCCCCCUUUCCACCCACCCUAAAAUUAUUUUUCGUUGCAAUUUUUAGAAAUAUGGGUUAUCCGAUUGUCUAAUGCGACCCUUGUGUAAGUAGGGUAGUUCGACCUCCACAAGGGGUCACGACCAACAGGUUGAGAAUGGUUGCUUAACAAAUUUUUAGCGCCCCCCCCCUUUUUUUUUUCCUCCUGUCACAGAUCCUCCUGAUCCCCUUAACUGCGGCAUACUUCCAAAAAAAAAAAAGUUAAAAAAAAUUAUCAACGUCUUAAAAUUUAACCUACUAAAACACAAUUCACUGUCAGCCUCAGAAACCACUAAGUGACAUCUUCUGUUAGAAUACUUUCAACACGAAAGAAAGUUAAAUCGUCACAGUCAAAUUUAAGCUUUCUUAUGUGUAAGAUAAAAAAAUUACAUUAAUGUGUGACGUGACAUAUGAUCUAGCCCCGCCCCCCCCCAUUACUCCCUC